AUUUCAUUCCAAGAUUUAAGAUUAAUAAAUUUUACAUAUUCCAUACGUCAAAUUUUUGGAAAUAUGAAUAGAAAUGACAUUUCUAAUUUGGUUUCUGGAACAUAUGUUAAAGUGGUAACUACAGAUGGUGAGGUGGCAGAAGGCUACGUUGUAGAUGUAAAUGAUAGAUGGCUGACUUUAUCUAAAGCUAUUCUCAACGGUGUGCGUAGACUUAAUUCUCUAACUCAUCAUUCGAUUAACGUAGCGCAAAUCUUGAAAUACUCGUCAAUAUCGAAGGAACGCAUGGACGAAAGAUCUAAAAAAUUGAACGAAAGACAUGAGGCGAUAACUCGUAAUAGCUUUAAAGAUCGUGAGAUGUCCUUUUUAAAUCCGUCGACUGGGUGCAUAAUCAACCAAGAAGCUAAAAGACCCAACAGUAUAUUCGACAUUGAUAAACCCAAUGCGGGUCAGGAUUUCCAUCCAUCGGGGUGGCUAGACAAUAAUUUGAGUUCAAACCAAAUAUCAAGUUCUAUGAAACAUGCAUUCCAUUACGAUGCUGAUUCCUUUCCAAGUUAUCUUGCAAAAGAUAAGGAACGCUUACAAUCUAUGUCCGCAACAGGAAGUGACAAUAAAAUGAAUGGAUGUUUAAAUAUGAACAAAAAGCAUGGAGCUACUUCAUGUGAAGCAACAGGUGCUAUCCCUCGUCCACAAAACUGUCAAAAUAUAACCAAAAACAGGGAGCAGAACAUUUCAGCUCGUAGGACUUCUAAUGCACAAAGAUUUUAUACUGAAACAUGUUCUAGUGCGAGUAAUGACGAAGAAGAUCAAAACGAAGCCUUUGGCAAUGAAUAUGAAGCAGUAAUGUUUGAAACCAUAUAUGGCUAUAAAAUACCUACAAUAAGUGCAUCUGAACGCGCCACUAUUGAAGAUAAUUUGAAACAAAAUGGAGUUCAUAUAAAGCAUUCGAACAUAAUUUUCAGCUUACGUGCUUUUGACUGGAUCUUAAAGAUAUUACGGAAGACUAAUCCCAGUCAAUAUGAGGGAUUGACUGUUGUUAUUGUAUGUGCCAAUACCGAUGCCGCUAUUGAUCUUGGGUUUUCUUUGGCUUAUCUGCAGAAUGCGCAAGGCUUCAACGUAUGGGUUUACGUUGACAACAAAACUAAAAAUAAAGCUGAUAAUGAAAUUUGGCAAGCCAUUCAGCGACAUAUGCGUCCCGGACUAGAAAACAAAAUAGUGUUGAAUAUUGACUAUGCGCCACAGCCAGAUUUUGUUGUAUUGGCAAUGAACUAUAACUUUAAAGAGGAGUGGUCUGUUAUGAUUAAGAGGUUAAUGCAUCAUAUGGAUGGUCCAACAUUUGUUUUGGAUCCACCUGCUAAUUUUAAUCCGAUUUCCUGUAAAAGCUAUACAUUCGCCCUUGUGCCAAUCCUACCACUCACUGGUAUGAACGAAGAGAUAUAUACUGAAUUAAUACUUUGCAACUUAGCAGUUCCCGAAGAAAUCAUACGUCAGGUCGUUUCAAAUUAUGAAUCACCAUUCGGAAUUCAAUAUGCUAUAAGUAUCAAAAGAGUGCAAAACAAAUCAAAUAUCAGAAAUAAUUAAAAAUUUCUCCAUUUUAA